AUGGCUGCUCCUGAAGGUGCAUACGACCUGGUCGUUAUAGGUACUGGUUGGUAUGGUCUCGGAUCAGCUAAAGAAUAUAUCCAGCUUCACCCACACGAGAAGAUCUUGAUCCUAGAGUCAGGCCAAUACUGUGGAGGGACGUGGAGCAAAGAUCGCCUCUAUCCAGGUCUACAUUCAAACAACUUGUGGGGCUCGUACGAGUUUCCAGAUUUCCCCAUGACCGAGGAAGAGUAUGGUGUCAGAGAAGGACAGCAUGUCCCGGCGGACGUCCUCCAUAGAUAUCUUACCGAUUUUGCCAAACACUUUGGCAUUUUUGAGAGGACAAGAUUCAACACUAGGGUCAAUGUGGUUGAGGCUGCAAAUGAUGGAUGGGUCCUUCAUACAACAGGCAGCGAGCCAAUACGGACUAGUAAACUUAUCGUCGCAACGGGACUGACCUCAACGCCUAAUCUGCCUACGUAUCCUGGUUCAGAGACAUUUGGUCCUCCAUUAUUCCAUGCCAAAGACUUUUACAAACGUGCGAAAAUUCUCGAGACUUGUGACAGAGCAGUGGUGGUUGGAGCUGGUAAGUCAGCCUACGACAUCGCAUAUGCGUUCGCCACAGCAAAAGCCACAGUCGACCUCCUCAUUCGUCCUACUGGUCAAGGUCCUGUCUGGCUUUGUCCGCCGUAUGUCACACCAUUGAAGAGGAAGCUCGAAGAACUGAUUGCAACUCGCUUUUUCUCAUGGAUGAGUCCUUGCCCAUGGCAAUGGGAUGAUGGUCAUACGUGGGCGCACUGGUUCCUUCAGGGAACCAGAAUAGGACGCAUCAUAGUCAAUAAGUUCUGGAAUAUCAUCAGCGACGAAGUCGUGGACACAUUCGGCUUCAAUAAAGACAAGGAAUUGGCAAAGCUGAAACCCUGGAACAUUGCCAAGUGGACAGGCAGCGCCGUUGGCAUUCACAAUUUCCCCACGAACUUCUUCGAUCUCGUCAAGCAAGGCAGGAUCCGUGUUCAUAUCGCUGAAAUCGACAGACUUGAGGGGACCACCGUGCAUCUAUCGAAUGGUGAGAGACUUGAAACAGACGCUGUGAUUUGUGCUACAGGAUGGAAGAAAGCUUCCGAGCUAAAAUUUGUCGGAUUUGACACUGGAUUGGCACAGUCUCCUGCUGAAGUCCAACGACUGAGCAAGAUAGCGGACAAACACGUACUCGAGAUGUUCCCGUUACUUCGAGAUCAACCCAAGUUCGAGGUGGACGUCCGUCCUGCAGACCCGAUGCGCAACUACAGAUUCAUUGUCCCCUCCAAAGCCAUUUUCAAGCGCAACAUCGCAUUUGCCGGCAUGGUUUCAGCUGUGACCACUGCUAUCUUUUCCACCGUCCAAGGCCUCUGGAUCUCCGCUUACUUCGAUGGGAAACUUCAACGGGUGCCUGAAACCGACGACGAAGUUUUGCAGGAGAUCAUGCUACACACUCAGUUCGAGAAGUGGAGGUACCCUUGUGGAUAUGGAGCUAGCUUGCCCGACUUUGCCUUUGACUGUAUUCUGUAUGCCGAUAUGCUUGUCAACGACCUGGGACUGAACUGUCAUCGCAAAGGAACGUACAUCAGGGAAGUGUUCGAGGCAUACAAACCACGCGACUACAAAGGUCUGUCACAGGAAUGGGCGGAGAAAUACGGGAGAGAAGAGUGA